ACGAUUAAUUGUUUGACAGUCCUAGAAAAAGUUAUAAAACACACCAAAUGGACCACAUAGAACACAUACAGUUUCUCUUUUUAAGGUUUCCAGCUGUAAAUAUUUUCGUAACUUGCUUUUUAUCAAUUUGUUCAAAAUAUGUGGUCAAACUAAUACAUUACGUGUAAUCAGAACAUUACAAUUGCUAAAUGGUUUGAAACCUAUAGCUUUAGUAACAAACAUUUUUGACAAAUAAUUUUGGAAAACCACAUGUUGCACUGAUGUUCAGUACAUGUCACCUGAAUAAUACGACAGCUGUUCCUGGGGUGGUCCUUUUGUACCAUACAGGUUCAAAACAUAUAAUUAUGCACAUAAUCAUAAGCACUCAUUGUGUACCUUUAACGGUACAGUGUAAUGUUCUCCCAGGAACAAAAUUGUGUCCAUACAGUACCAUUUUUUCUGACUUGCUGCAUAUUGUGCAUUUCUUAGUUGCUCAAAAUAAAACCUUUUAAAGUCAUCCUAUGCUCAUAAUUUAAUAUGGUUAGCACACAUUUAAAAAAAGAUGAUAAUGUAUCUUAAUUAUUUGUAUUUGAAUUUGGAGCUUGAAACAAUGAUACCACACAGGGUACAAACACACCUACUGAAACAUUUACUGUAGAUUAAACGUUAUAAUGAGUUAAACUACUGAGAUUUUAAGAUUAUAGUUGAAAAUAAUAAAGUAGCUCAAGUCUAAACUUGACAGGGUCCUCCCUCUGUGUGGGUGGAAAUUGACAUUUAAAAGCACUUCGUGCUUCUCAUCUUUUCAGGACGAGACAGAAAAAUGGUAAGCAAAGCCAUGCUUUACAUCUGCAUGUACACUAUGCCGCCUAAUUACUUACAGCAAUACAUGUAACUUUGAUGUAACACAUUUAUUCAAAUGCCUUUAAAUUGUUUUCAGUUGCCUCUAGCGUUAAUGCUGUUCGUGUCGUGCACUGAUGCAUCGACAGUUGAAGUCCCCACAUACCAGCACAUGGACCGACAGACAGGGCAGAUCCUCAAAUGCACGCAAUGUCCCGCCGGGACCUACAUGCGCGCGUACUGCACUCCAACCCGAGACACCGUGUGCUCGCCCUGUCCAGCGAACCAUUUCACCCAGUACUGGAACUACUUACCGAAUUGCCUGUACUGCGGUACCUUCUGCGUGGAAAACCAGCACGUGAAAGAAGAAUGCUCACCAAAAAACAACAGAGUCUGCGAGUGUAACGAUGGCUAUUUUUGGCACGCUGACUUCUGCAUUAAGCACACCGAGUGUCCGUCUGGAGACGGCGUUCAGAAGAAAGGCACCGUUUACAGUGAUACGGAAUGCGAAAGGUGUCCGCGAGGCACGUUUUCAGCAGUCGCGUCGUCGAGCGCAAAGUGCGUAAAACACACUGAUUGCGAGUCCAUGGGUCUUGUUGUGAUGCUGAAUGGUAGCCGUUGGCAUGACAACGUAUGCCUGACGUGCCAGAAUCUUCAUAAUGACGGUGGUUUAAGCAUACUGAGGGAUUUCCUGCCUCGCUUCUUUGCUCAUCAGAAAAUACGGCUCUCCAAACUGAAGAGAGUUGUGAGAUAUCUGGGCCAGAGGCAGCAAGAACGAAAACAAAAAUUCUCCAGAAGAGACUUUUUACGCAACUUCUUUUCUGAAUGGAUUAAAGGUGCUAACAUAGACCAGCUUAAAGACUUACCUAAGACACUUCAAUCAAUUAACAUGCACAAAACCGCAGAAAAACUGUUCACAAUCUUUAACAAGUUAGAUGUCUUAAAUUGUGACAUAAAUCAUGUAUAAUUGUAUUGAGUUUUUUCAUUCACUUUUUAGGACUCCUGAAGGCCAGUAAAACCUCACUUCAUUGCCGUAAAUUUUAACUAACAGUGUAUGACCCGGGACCUGAAUGGCAAGUGGCGGUGGUUUUUUGCAUGAGAAACUACAGGCUUAUCGCCAUGUUACUUUCAGUGCGUGACUUAGUGUAACAUUAUAAUUGCUAACAUAACAGACUCAUAGGAAAUACACAAGAUAAGAUAGACAUAAGAAAUACCUACACCCCGCGUCGGCUGCCUCGUUCUGGUGCUGCGAUAUGUAAAUGUCACUGCCAUAUUAGUCUUAGGUAAACCUCCCCUACAAAGACAUACAAGUCACGAGAGAGUUGCGCUUUUUUGGCAUUGAAAGCACAAUAACGUUUACUUUUCUCAAUACAUUUAAAUGAUUUACGAUCUAUGUGGAGUACAAAAACAUCAUGUUCUAGUUACUUAAAGCAACUCUUUGUAGUUUUUCCUUAAAAUAAUGUCUCUAAAAUUAUUUCAGUGGUAGAACAACUCUUAACUGGACAAAUUCUACUUUCGCUGCUACAUGAGCAGCCUCAUAGCGGCUACAACCACACUCUGUAAGUUCUGUGUUCGGUUGGUACACACAACCCCACCCAUCCCCUGCCUGCAGAAAGGCUUUCCAAACGACAUUUCUGCAUUCGCCAGUUCCAUCAGCUUAGUCAACAAAUUCACAUAUAUUGCGCUGCCCACAGGGAAGCUUAUACAGCGACAGUAUUUUCGACACUAGUAACUAGUAACCACAUGGGGAACCCAUGAGAAAAUGUUCCAUAGUGUUGCUUUAAUACCUCGAUAGUUUGUUAGAAAAUUUUUCGCUGUCAGAAAGAAUUGUGAAAUAUGCAUUAAUUGCGCCUGUUAUUCAUGUUUAAUGAAAUGUUGUGGAUAUGCAAGAGAAGCAACAGCCUAAAAAUAACCACAUGUUGCAAUAUCAGUCUAGAAUAAAGCACAGACAUGUUGAGAUAGAACAGAACAAUCUUCGAAUCAUCAAUCAUUUUUAAAGAUAAAAGCUGUUAAAGCUGUAAAACAUUUGUGUGAUAUGGUUAAACAAAUAACACUGCCGUGCAUUAUAAAUAGUAGCAGAGCGGUUUCACGUCAGACCUGUUACAUGAACAGUAAUUAACAGCUGUGUCAGUUCUGACUUAGCGAUGCAAAGUCCGAUUCAUUGUUUGUAUAAUCACGCAAUAAUUUCAUUUAGCGUUUCCUCUCUUAAGUAUUCAGUGUCAUGUAAUUUCAUUGAGAUGUUUGAAUAAAGUUAUUUGUGUGAAUGCAUAUUGCUAAUUUUUGCCUUUCAUUGUGUUUGAGACGUUUCAUUUGCCGACAUGACACGCUGAUAUGAGUAGCCUACACCAGAUUUCUGUG